ACUUAUUCAUCUUCUCUAUUUCCUUUUCUCAUUGAGCCCUUCAAUCACAGUGGGGUGGUGAUAUUAUCAUCAAUUGUACAAUAAAGUAUACAGUAUGGCAAUUGCACAGAAUUUUCAUCAAUGGCUAUCUUUACUGAUCUGUGCGUUGGUUAUACUGCAAACUAGAGCCGCCGACAUUAUUGCACGCAUUCCUCUAACGUUUCCUGAAAAUGCCGUGGCUAUGGGAGCUGUGUGUCUUGAUGGAAGUCCCGCAGCAUACCAGUUCAUAAAAGGUGCCCCGGAAAGCCAAAAUAAUUGGUUGAUUUACAUGGAGGGGGGUGGAUGGUGUGAAAGCGAAAAAGAAUGCAAGGAACGAACAUUGGACCAUAAGGGUUCAUCCAACCAUAUGAUGAAGAACGAAAUCUUUAAAGGUGAUAUCGACUUUCCGUUUUAUGGCAUGUUAGACAGCCACUCAAAAAAUACGAAUCCUACCGAAUUUCGAACAUGGAACAUCGUCAUUAUGCGAUAUUGUGAUGGAUCCUCAUUUACGGGAGAUGUUGAAAAACCAGUUGAAAACCUUUACUUCAGAGGUAAAAGGAUAUUUGAGGUCAUAACAAAUGAGCUAAUGAACAAGGGAUUGAAGGAUGCUAAACAGGUGUUUCUUACCGGUGGUUCUGCUGGUGGGGUAUCUGUAGCCUUGCACUGUGAUCGUUUCAGUAAACUCCUAUCAAAUACUACCAAAUUCAAAUGUCUGACUGAUGGAGGCUAUUUUAUCCACGCGAAAAAAGACCCCAAACAAGCCGAAGGAUUUGAAUCAAUGUUCGAGAAUAUUGUUACCCUACACAAUUCUACUGGGAUGCUUCCUCAGACAUGCACUCAGAAGAUGAAAGACAAGCCAUAUUUGUGCAUGUUCCCACAAUACGUGGUGAGAGAUACGGUGACACCAAUUUUCAUUUUAAUGUCGCCGUAUGAUGCAUACCAGAUUAAUAUUACACUGGGUCAUGAGGUUUACUUCGCCAUAAAAAAAGCCCAAAUGGAGCACGUAGAGUUGGCUCCACCUGUAUAUAAUCUCCUUAAAGAUUUUAGAUUGCAAUUCUUGGAUGCACUGCCGCCCAGCAAACCAUCAACUGGGAUCUUUAUUAACAAUUGCUUCGGUCAUACAGAGAUCACCGCGCCGACUUGGAAAAUAGAUGGUAACAGAGUAAACAACGUGAUGGAUUGUACGGCAAUAAGUGAUUGGUACUUUGAUCGAAAUCAAAUAAAUUUAAUUGAUAAGAUGGACUUGAUAAAGGAUUGCAAGCCAAAUGGAUACUUGGGUUAGCUUCUUGAUGGUGUAGGUGGACGAGCGAUGCAUGAUCCGAAGAUUUCAAGUUUAUUUUAAAUUGUGUAGUUGUGCCUAAUAAGAAACCAUAUGACUAUAUAUGGUCAUUUGUAUUUUAAUUUGUUCACAAUUUCUAAAUAAACACUUGAUUGCAGAUAAAUGUUUCUCAAUAUAAUUAAAAUCACGAACUUUUAAUUUUA